AUGAUCAUUGAAUUACGUCGUUUGGGUGUUAGUCUGUUAUGCUUAGCAGUGGGUCUGAGUAUUGCAUCGUUGAAUACUGUUCAUAAGGAGACUGUAUCAGCUGUUGCUGGCUUAAUCAUUUUAGGCACUGUAUGCCUAUUAGUCAUCAUCUUAUUGGACGCCAUUGCACUGUGUUCGGAUGUAUUCGCCUCACGUGCUGCUUAUACAACUGUACGUUUCAUCAUAUUAUACUUGGGUGCUGCAGCUCUCUUGAUUGGCAUAUUAGUGUACACAUCAUUGGUCGGACAUCAUUGGUCAUACUUCUUCGCAGUGACUGGAGCUGUACUAGCAACACAAGUGGCUAUAUUGGCAAUUAUGUUGUCAAAAUGUGUCACCGUUCGAACCACUACAACAACGAGAACAAUUCGAGAAAGUCGUUUGGCACAUCGGUAA